AUGUGGUGAUGUGGGUUAUUUUUCUUGCGCUAAUACAGUUAGGAAACGUUUAUUGUUACACUUCAGAACACGCUUAUUGUGCUGUACCCGGUGGUUAGUUAGCUAACUUAGCGUAGCAUGACAAUUUGUUUUUAUUCGUAAUUAAGGAGAUUCAUUCGAAUCCACUCUUUGAGAAUUCCUCGAUUAAUUAUUAUUUGCCUCGUUAGAAAUUGUAAAUCUCAAAUUAUUUUGCCACGAAGAUGUUUGCUACUAAAUGAAUUGUGAUGCGUCAUGCCUUGCUUUCAGUUUGCAUACAUCUUUGCAAACUGACAAAUGCAGCAUGAAUACUCGCGGCUUGCGCUCUCAGCUGAAGGACAGUGUUCCUGUGACAGGUCUGUGUCCACAGGCAGGAGCUUAUGGGGUACAAGACACACUGCGUAGAGGGUUCUCUAGUGUAAAGAAUGAACUGCUUCCGAGUCAUCCGUUGGAGCUCUCCGAGAAAAAUUUUCAGCUUAACCAGGACAAGAUGAACUUUAACACUCUAAGGAACAUCCAGGGACUCCAUGCACCUCUCAAACUACAGAUGGAGUACAGAGCAGCUAGACAGAUUCAGCGUUUGCCCUUCUUGCCGAGCUCAAAUCUGGCCCUGGAUACCCUCAGAGGCAGUGAUGACACUAUUGGCUUCGAGGACAUUCUCAAUGAUCCUAUCCAGUGUGAGAUGAUGGGGGAGCCUCACAUCAUGACUGAAUAUAAACUCAGUCUGCUGUGAGGAUGGUUUUUCAGCACUGACUAUUUUCACCUCAACCUCAUAGUUUGUGUUAUAUGCAUUGUUUGAUCUGUUUCUAAUAAAAUGUCAAAUCUGA